AUGAACUCAAUUUAUUUAUGCAUGAUGAUCAUGAGUCUACUGAUGCUGACUUCAGCAUCUACUCAAUCAAUGGCACGUUCUCUUUUUAUGAGUCCAACGGAUGAUCCAUUUCUCGAUCCUUAUAUUGAAACAAUAUCACACAUGUCGACAAAAGAUAUAGUGUCCAUGCCAAAAAUGAAUGAUGAUGAAUUUCUUCAGUAUUUGUUGAAUGACGAUGCAGCUGAUGGAACUACUCGUGAUAUACUAUCACGUGUCGAUGCGAGCGUUUUUGAUCCACUUCGUGACGAUCAACUGACACAUCAAACAGACAUCGAUAAAGAGUGGGAAAAUUUGAUGGUCUCAGGUCCUAUUGCUGUUGGAUACAUGGGCAAUCUCAUGGUACUUGCUAGUAAGCAAGACUUUCCAUUCAGAACUCCAGCUGGAUAUGUUUAUCGAUUCAUUAGAUAUCCAAACUCAUUUCGUGCUACACUCGCUCAAGUAUCUUCCGAAAUGUAUGAUGCUCUUAUGGGUGCUCAUACAGCAAUGGAUUCUAUUCAAUUAGCUAUUAAACAAGUUCCGACAUAUGUAAAAACAGCAAUGAAAUUAAUAUCCUCGGCGUCCGACCCUAUGCUCAAAACAAUGUUACCGCUUACACUCGAUAGUAUAGCUCGGUUAGCUACGCAAAGCGCCAAUGUAGCUAAUUCAACACUUACUCGUUUCAAUCGAUUACAAGAUUUGCUAGCUGAGAUUAUCGAAUUGAGCGCAAGUACUGGAUCGUCGAACGAAGCAGAUAUUAAUAGUAUGAAAGAUCAAAUAAUAAAUUCAACUUUUGAACAGCAACGCCUCGAAGAAAGUCUUGCAACUAUAAAAAAUCAAUACACUCAAUCAAAAGCAAAUCUAGAACUUUCUCGUAAAAAAUACGCCGAAGCUAUGGAAUUACUUGCAGCAUCAUCAACACCCGAUAUCAUACAAGACGGUGUUUCACAACCUAAUCUGAUUGAAGUUGCUAUUGGUUUUGUUUUCAAUCCUGUCCAAGCAAUUGGCUGCCUAUUGGGAAGCUGUGGAUCUCCAACUUAUAAAGUUGAUAACACUAAAUUUGAAAACGCAAUGAAAUCGGCUCAACUUGCCAAACAAGAAAUGGAACGUGCUGAACAAGUUCAUAAUGAGCAUUUUCUUCUUCAAUUAGCUGAACAAAACGAAUUAGCUAAAACGAUGGGCCAGAUGGCUAUGCUUGAUCUAAGUGUGUUGAGUACAGAGGAAAUCAUUCGUUUAUUAGUUGAAGCCACCGAACAGAUCAUUCAAAUUAAAGAGCAAUGGUCACGUAUGAUCCAAUUUUUCUCAAAAUUAGCUGCUCAAGCUCAUAGCACUCAACAAGUUGUUGUCAAAGACUUUGUUGAAGUUAUUCAACAAGCUCAACAGGACAAUCUAUUGGUCAAUCCAUUUGAACGUGAAUUUUUCAUUGAAAUUCUAUUACCUUCUGCUACAACUAUUGAAAGUGGUGCACAUUUAUUAUAUGUUAUGGCUAAAACUUACUAUGCUGUGUCAAGCGAACAUAUGAUCAAUCAAAUUGCAGGCAUUGCCAAAAUGUUAAUGUUACAAACAGAUGAAGCUCGUAACAAUCAACUUCAACAAGCGUCUAAUACUACAUUGGUUACUUCACUGAAAAUCACUCAAUUAGCGCAAGAUCGCCAUACCCUUUAUCUUCAAGAAAAUCGUAAUCGUCAAGCUGAAUACACCGCAUAUCUUAAUAGUUUGGCCACAUUUGAAUUGGAAGGCAUUAUUGGCUAA